AUGGCACGAUUCUCCGACCUUCCACCUGAGGUUACCUCGAGCAUCUUUUACCGCUUCAGAGACAUUGUCGUCGAAGACAAUAUGGGCAAGAACUCCAAUCUGGCACUUUCCGAAAGACGAAAAAUCAAUGCGGUCAGGGUCCAGUUGAACGUAUUGUUGCAGGUCGGACAGACUUGGCGCGAUGUUCUUCAUAACAUGAAUUUCGAGGCUCGUUGCGUGUCGAUGGCUCGACUCAAUAGCUCCCUUCAGAUCUGGUUCAUGAACGGUCCGAAGAGGUCUCGCAAAAUUUCGACGGUCGUGUGGAUCGUCAGAUAUGACAAAAAGAUUAAGAAGAUGCAGAUGACAAGACUCCCCGACGGUGUAAAGUGGCAAGCAUAUGCGCCGAAUAUGCGCAUAGCUAUCAUUGGCAAUGUGAUGCAUUUCGGCCUGCUCGCUGGUAUAACAUUACAAGACAAGCUCUGGCCACCUACCCUCAUCGAGAUUGUCCAGUUGUACCUCCCGAAUCCUCCAUACGACAGAUUGAUCUUUUGA